CCGCAUGCCGCAGCGGCAGAACCCGCCAAAUUUUGGCGGACUUUAGUGGCAGAAAUGGGACCAUAGCGACUGGGUGCAACCGCAGCACAGUGAUCUUGAAUCUUCAUCCAAAAGUAAACAAACUCAGUCAAAAUGCCUAGAGAAGCAGAACCAUCAGCCAACGAGAAGGCUUUCCUCUUGAAGGCGCUUCAAGACGAACAGAUCCGCCUCGAUGGCCGCGAGUUCGACCAAUACCGCCCGCUAGAGCUCACCUUUGGAGACGAAUAUGGCGUCGCUAAUGUAUCACUUGGCAAGACAAAAAUCCUCGCCAAAGCCUCCGCCGAAGUAACCGUCCCCUUCGCCGACCGCCCGCUCGACGGCAUCUUCACCAUCGCCACCGAACUCUCCCCCAUGACCGCGCCUCACUUCGAAGUGAACCGGCCGACCGAAACCGAAGUCCUGCUGUCUCGCCUGCUCGAAAAGACGGUCCGCCGCUCCGGCGCCCUCGACACCGAGUCGCUCUGCCUGGUCGCGGGGCAAAAGUGCUGGUCCGUCCGGGUCGACGUGCACGUGCUCUCGCACGACGGCAACCUGACGGACGCGGCCUGCUUCGCCGUCGUCGCCGCCCUCCGCCACUUCCGCAAGCCCGACACGAGCAUAGAGAACGGCGUGCUGACGGUGUACACGCCCGCGGAGCGGGAGCCGGUGCCGCUGGGUUGGCUGCACUCGCCUUUCUGCGUGACGUGGAGCUUCUUUGGCGACGAGGGCGAGACGGCGCUGCUGGAUGCGGAUUGGAUGGAGGAACAGGUCAGGGUCGCCAGUGUCACGAUUAGCUUGAACAGGCACGGCGAGAUCUGCCAGAUCGCGAAGCUCGGGGGCGUGCCGGUGGAGGCGGUUGCGCUGCUGCAGUGUACCAGCGUGGCGCUGACGAAGGUGAAGGAGUUCUCGACGUUCUUGGAUGGCAAGUUGGCGGAGGAUGCGAAGAGGAGGGAUAAGGGCGGCUUUAUGGCCGAGUUGAGGGCGGAGAAUGAUCGUGUUGUUGGGUGACGCGGUUGAGGAAGUAGAGGAAGAAGUGAGAUACCCAGGUACGGCCAUAGAGCCGAGAAGAAAAAGCUGUGUGGCUAGGGCGGAAUCUGGCGAGGAUACGAGGCAGCUAUGUAGCUGACCUUGCUUUCACGGUCAAGAGAACCGCAAGCGUUGUCCAAGAGGCAAGCCGC